AUGAAAUUCCAAUCGAUGGCGCUGGCAGAUCACGAUCUACGAAAGAUUCUGCUGCCAAAUUGACAAUUACCGUAAUCCCUCAAACUUGGGUCGGUUCUCGUUUCCGUUCUUGCGAUACGGGGCGAAAAGACCACCCUGCUCUUUGGGCUUCAUCGAUCGGUCGGCGGAGGGAGAUAGCGAGAGAGGAGGACAUGUCCGCUGGCGUCGCUCGGGGUCGCUUGUCGGAGGAGCGAAAAGCCUGGCGUAGGAGUCACCCCCACGGUUUCGUGGCAAAACCAGAGACAGCUCCAGAUGGGUCCGUGAACUUGAUGGUUUGGCAUUGCAUUAUUCCCGGCAGAGCUGGUGUUAGUCCUCACUUCCCUAACCUUGUAGACAGUACUGACUGGGAAGGUGGCAAUUAUCCGCUUACACUAUACUUUACGGAGGAUUACCCCAGCAAGGCUCCAAAGUGCAUGUUCCCUAAGGAUUUUUUCCACCUCAAUGUCUAUGGUUCAGGCAUGGUCUGUCUGUCAAUCCUCAAUGAAGAUGGGUGGAGACCCUCUAUCACGGUGAGGCAACUCUUAGUGGGCAUUCAGGAUUUGCUUGACCAGCCCAACCCUGCUAGUCCAGCAGACCAUGAAGAAUACCAACUUUUUGUAAAGGAUCCAGCUGAGUACCAGAGAAGGGUGAGGCAACAAGCCAAGAAAUAUCCGCCUCUUGUGUAGUGUUAAGCUUUAUGAUUGGCAGACCUCUGUGCUUUGUGCAAGAUGGGUACCAAAGUUAAACUGAGGAGAUCGCAAAACAAGGCUCAAGUGCUGCUCUUUAGUUUAUUUACAGUCUCCUCUUUGAAGUUGGAGGGCUUCAAUUUGUUGACAGAUUAAUUCGUUGGCUUCAGAGUUGAGGAAAAUGGUUAUUCUCUGCUGCAAGAGGUAUCCAUUUCAGCCUUACAGGCGAUGUGUAUGUACUAUUGGCUCAUUCUUUUUUGCUUUCAAAACCUCAUGAUACAUGAUAACUCUCUCUCUCUCUCUCUCUUUCUCUCUCAUUGACUGACAUCCAUGCCAUUACAAUUAA